UGGAUAAACCGGAAGAUUAUAAACCACAAGCGACUUUGUGGUGGUAUCCGUGUAUUAGAUCAGGUCCCUAAAAGUCCCAGUAGAAAAGUUCUACGAAGACAGCUUGAAGAACUUUCUAAAAAGCAGAAAACCAAGAGGACAGCUGUGAGG